AUGAGGGCGCAGCAGGACGAGCUUGCCAGGCGGGACAGCGAGAUUCAAGAGCUCUCGGCGACCCGACAGGCUGUGGAGAAGAUUGUCGACAAGCACGACCAGGAUAUCCAGGAGCAUGAUAAUCUACUCAAGGCGCUCAAAACCGACUGCCUGUUCUACCAGACAUCCAUCAAUGAGCUGCGCGGGUUGGUCAAGGAUGCUCAGACGGACAACGAACAUCUGCGAGCCGAAUGCGAAGCAAUAAGGCAGGAGAACUGCAAGCUAAAGAGCGAAAGCGAAGCCGUCGAGCGUCAAAACGCCGCACUCGUGGAUGAAGCUGCUCGCAUCAGAGAGCAAGAGCAAAGGCAGGCCCAAAAGUUGGCAGAGCGUGAGCAGCAACACUCCAACGAGCUUGAGUCUCUGCGGAAGCAACACGCCGGCACAAUCGCAGAGCAUGAGCUCGAUAUCCAGAAACGAAGCAGCGAACACGACGUUCGAUACCAACGCUCUUUGGAUCUGCUUGAGGAGGCUGAGAGGAUUGCCAGCACCAAGAAGGUCGACUCGCUCUUACAAGAAACAGAACGUCUUCGCCAGCGCAUCGAGUCUCUCGUUGCAGAAUGCAGCCAGAUUGAAGGCUUGAGGAAUGAGAGGCAGCAGCUUCUUUCAAGCAUAUCCCAGCUGGAAGCUAGGCAUGUGGCUGCUGUUCAGGAUACCUGCAAAGCCCGCGAGGAUAUGCAUGCCAUGAAGCUGGAUAUGGAGCGCGAUAUCGAAGCGACCCGCAAGCGCUUGACUGAGCAACUGGAGAGCUCGACACUGGAAAUGCGAAGCCUGAAGGAAGAGAAAGCCGAUCUGCUCUCAUUGAACACCCGCAUUCAGGCCGAGUUGGAUGCGGUGACUGACGAGCACUUCAGGGCCGUGGAGCGAUACAAGAGGCAGAACGAGUCGGAUGCACAGAGAAUCCAGAGCCUCACCAGUCAAUAUGCUCAGCUCGAAGAUCGCCUGACGGGGCUCAGGGAGGAAUCCAUCGCAGAGCGCGAGAGGCUUGGUUCUCGAAUCGCUGAUCUGCAAGAAGAGCUCCACUUACAGUCCUUGGAGCUCAAACGGAGCAAGCACCAACUUGAGCACAGCGAGGAAAUGUACCAAGAGACGCUCGGACGCCUGAAGAGCGAACUCAAAGAGGCGAACGCAGUCGCUGCAGCCAGAUCCAGCUCCCAGGUGAAGGCCCGUGUACUCCUAGCCGGUGCGCUGUUCGCUGUAGCCACAUCUCAAACUUUUGUGGCUCGUACGUUCCCAAAGCACGCUUCUGUCGAAAGCGCUGCUCGAAUUCAGUCCCGACUCGAGGCACAGCAAGCUGAAAUGACGCAGUUGCAUAUCCAAGGCAUGAAGAUCGAAUCUCUCAAAGAGCGUUUGCAGGCAUCCGGUAAUGUCGCAAGUCACCCUACCAGCACCCAAGACCGACGAGCGCCAUCGAACGACGAGGAUGCUGCCCUUAGUACUGCGCCACACGGACAUGAAGGCAAAGGCGACAGCCUCAAUGAGGAGCAGCGGCUGCCCGAGGUCAAGCUGCUCAUGCGACAGCUCGAGGAAGAGAAGCAACAGGUGUAG